AUGAGUAAACAACUAAAUAUUUUAAACUUUUUAAAGUCAAAUAAGAGAACAACAGACAACUCGACAUCUUCUGCUCUUUCACAACACGAUCUGUCUCAACCAUUACAAACAGUACCUGUGGUUCUUGACGAAUCGAAUACAACACUAGAUAUCAAAGCGGACAGCUCUUCUGCUUCAAAAAAAUUUAAAUCAAAUGAUCAUGAAACUUCAACUGAUGCAGAAAUUCAGCCAUUUAGUAAAAAUGACAUCGGCUUAUUUGUUGGUAAAGAUCAUAUAUCAACCACCGAAAUUCAUGAUGUAUUAACAAAUCCAUGGAUACCAUCAGAUAAUUAUAAGUUUCCUCAAGUUCUCAUUCAUAAAAAUAUGCGAUCAAUUUGCCAACAUUCAUGGUUAUCCAGAUAUUCGUGGUUAAGCUAUUCUCUUGUUUCUCGUGGUGUUUUCUGCCGCUAUUGUGUUUUGUUUAAACGAAAGUGGUCUUCGUCUGAUCGAACAAAAACUCCUCUUGGACAACUUGUUUCAAAACCUCUUACUUCAAUACACGAUGCACAUGAAGAACUACAAGGUCAUGAAAAGAGUAAUUAUCAUUUAUUUUCCAAAGAACAAGCAGAAAAUUUUAUUAUAAAUUAUUCAGUACCAGCAAGAGCUAUUGAUCAUAUAUUAGAUAAAGAAGAUCAAGAACAAAUGGCUACGAACAGAAAGAUAUUAGCAAGCAUCAUAAAAUGCAUUUUGUUUCUUGGCAAACAGAAUUUAGCUUUAGAGGCGAUAACGAUGACGGUAUUGAAUUUAAAUCUAAGCAAAGCUUAG